GUUAGUCCCUCAAAGCGGAAGUCGACCUCUUCUGCCCCGGAAGUGCAAGUUCGGAGGUCUUGCAGGUGGGGAUUCCGCCGGCAAGGCGGCUGCUUUCGAGAUGCCAGGGGCUGCCGCCAAGAGCUCGGAGUUGUCCGAGAGGAUCGAGAGUUUCGUGGAGGCACUGAAACGGGGCAGCGGGCGGCACAGCUCUGAGGACAUGGCCCGGGAGACCCUGGGACUGCUGCGCCGGAUCAUCACGGACUACCGCUGGAGCAACGCAGGGGAGCUGAUGGAACUGAUCCGCAGAGAAGGCCGGAGGAUGACGGCCGCGCAGCCCUCAGAGACCACCGUGGGCAACAUGGUGCGGAGAGUGCUCAGGAUCAUCCGGGAGGAGUAUGGCAGACUCCAUGGACGCAGCGACGAAAGAGAUCAGCAGGAGUCCCUGCACAAACUCUUGACGUCCGGGGGCCUGAGCGAGGAUUUCCGCUCUCAUUAUGCUGAACUCCAGUCCAACAUCAUUGAGGCAAUUAAUGAGCUGCUUGUGGAACUGGAAGGGACAACCGAGAACAUUGCAGCCCAGGCCCUGGAACACAUCCACUCCAAUGAGGUGAUCAUGACCAUUGGCUUCUCCCGAACAGUAGAGGCCUUCCUCAAAGAGGCAGCCCGAAAGAGGAAAUUCCAUGUCAUUGUGGCAGAGUGUGCUCCUUUCUGUCAGGGUCAUGAGAUGGCGGUCAAUUUGUCCAAAGCAGGUAUUGAGACAACUGUCAUGACUGAUGCUGCCAUUUUUGCUGUUAUGUCAAGAGUCAAUAAGGUGAUCAUUGGCACAAAGACCAUCCUGGCCAAUGGUGCUCUGAGAGCUGUGACAGGAACACAUACUUUAGCACUGGCAGCAAAACACCAUUCCACCCCACUCAUCGUCUGUGCUCCUAUGUUCAAACUUUCCCCACAGUUCCCCAAUGAAGAAGAUUCAUUUCACAAAUUUGUGGCCCCUGAAGAAGUCUUGCCUUUCACAGAAGGGGACAUUCUGGAGAAGGUCAGUGUUCACUGCCCCGUGUUUGACUACGUCCCCCCAGAGCUCAUUACCCUCUUUAUCUCCAACAUUGGGGGGAAUGCGCCGUCCUACAUCUACCGCCUGAUGAGUGAACUCUACCAUCCCGACGAUCACGUGCUAUGACCAGCGCUCGUCCUAAGCAGAAGCUGCUUAGGCAAACACACAAUGGAAAGGAGACUCCGGUGCUACGGCUGGAACGCAUCUUCCUUGUCAUGGGGGAGUGAGCUAGAGUCAACCUGAGAAAACUUGAUACUGUUUCCUGCCAUUUUAGUCAUCCCGUAACCAGGGCCCACAUCCAGGACUGUUUUGCCUUUCGGCUCUUAACAGAGCAGCAGGGCUUGACCUAUUGAUUUUGGAGCCUCUUACUGACUCGAGGCGUCUGUUUCAGGAACUUAAACUUUCCGGCUCAGUGGAGUGUUACAUAUAACACUGAAGACCUUGCUGGGCUGCAGGUUUUUGCUCACAACUGACCACCACACCUUUUCCGAGGCUGUGCCAAUAAAAGCUGCUCGAAGGCUCCUGA